GUUGCUUGCACCACCAUUGUUCUGCUGUGCUGUGUAUUUCGCACAAAGUGCAUAAGAAACUCUCUCAAAGAAGCGUCUGAUGAGCAUGUGGUCGCUACUGAUUUUAUGCUGUCUUUGUAGUAGUUUACUGCUGGUGGAGGGUACGCUGUCGUGUAAGAAUGAAGCAGGAAAAGACGUUGACUGGCACCUAAUGUAUAAAAUACCAAAAAUGCAGCCAAGAAACGAGAACUUCAUGCAGCCAAAGGGAGGGGAAUACGCCUACACUGAUGCGAAGGACAAAUCACAGUAUUGGACUUUCUCAACGAGCGAUAUUUACAAAGUAAACAAUCCUAUCGCUUGGACGAUCAAGCACCUUACUGACAAGAAGGAGCCAGAAAAUAUAAUGCAUAUAGUGUACAACGAUCAACCACCGCCUCCACACAAUAAGACAAGGGGCGGUCACACUAAAGGGGCUCUGAUGUACGAUGGGCAAUCUCUUGUUUGGAUUCACCACACAGUUCCACAGUUCUUUCGCGAACUGCACUCUGGAAACUACGUCUAUCCACCGAAUGGUCGAGAAAACGGGCAGGUUAUUAUGUGCGUCACGUUCCCCGGGAAUUCGCUACCUGUUAUAGCUGAGCACCUCCUGAUGCAGAGACCUUUCAUCUAUGACAAACACAAGUUCGAGAAGUGGGAGAAGAAGUUUCCAAUACUGGAGAGGCUUUUGGCAGAAAACUUUCGAAAGGAGAGAGAGGGCAAGUUUUUCGCAGUGAGCAAACUGAGAUCUAAGGGAGGUUCAUCUUUCACCAUCAUUUCGAAAAGCCCAAAGCUACAGAAAGACAUUUAUUCCGAACUACUGUCCAAGUACACGACAGAUAGCCAAUAUGUGGAAACCUGGCGCAACGGUGCUGGAAAUGCGAUGACAUCGACUUGCAGAGGCCUGUACAGCGUUAUGGACGUCGACACUGUAAAGCUGAAGUUCUCAAAAUCCAAGUCGAUCGAGUUCAGUUACCGAGAAGAUCAUAGCAAAUGGGCGGUGUCUUUCUCCAAACCCACGUUCUGCGUCGGAUCACUGAACAGAAUGAAGUCCCAGUUUGACCGCGGAGGAGGCGUACUCUGCAUUAACAACGCCCGUGUAGCUAAGGUAUUUAGGCAAAGUGUUGAACGUAGUUUUCCCUGCGGUAAGAAGACGUGAGACACAUACUGAAAUGUGUACAUUAUAUUGUACAGUACAGAAUGCUACGAAUAAAUAGUUAUGUUUGUCUGC